AUGGUUUCAACCGGGAACACGAUUGCCGUGUUUCGCACAACCAUGAGGGCCAUCUUUGGUUGUCGCAAAAAGGAUGCUCAAAAGCCGCCACUGACCAUUUCUACUCCAACUUCAACUGCUCCAACUGCAGAUGUCACUUUAAGUUGUCGGUUCUCGAGUUUGCAACCACCCUCUCCGUUCAAAAAUGCAACCAGUUGUGAGGUAUCUUCAGAUAAACAAGACGGAUCCGUGAUAUCUCUGAGAUUCCGGAAUGAUGACCUAGCCGGUCAGGCUGAAGAAGUGAGGAAAGGAGGAAAUACAAAGCAGGAAGCAUUCAACGCUCAACACAACUAUACAAGAAACAUAGCGAUCACCCGUCACUUACUUGACGUGAGCACUUACCUGAAUCAGAGCACUGCCACUGACACUCUGCAAUGUGCAACUGCUCAGUGGCAGUUGAAGUUGUCUCCCAACUGGACCGAAUACGUUCUCGUAUACUUGAGAUUGGAGUAUGGAACAUUGAUCUUGGCCCAGCUACUGGAAGAGUUGGAUCCGUACAUUGACUUCUAUCAGGUUCUUGGCCAUUAUCAGGGAAUUGUUGUCCACUUCAAAGACCAGAAAUAUCAAUAUUGGUUUUUGCAGCAAGUCAAUCGAGUAAUUGGGAUUCAACUUGUCUUGUCGUCGCCCGAAUGGCUUUACUCCGUGACCAAUCAUGAGAUUAUAAAUGCAUUUAAAGAGUACAGUUUCCAGUUAGUAAAGUAUAAGAAGCCACAAUUGAUGAAGCGUCAAAAACAAGUAAUUCUGUUGUAUGGGAUCCCACUGUUUAUACCAAAAAGACUGUUAAUUGAAAUAUUUCGUCAAUUGGGUGAGUUGAUAUCAUUCCGAUUUGCUCCGACAGGACCGCUGACUCGAUUUCAUGUGGUCAAGUUACAAUAUGCCCAGAGGGAAGAUAGAGUAAACAUUGGAGAGGGCAUCAAGAAGUUAAUUGAAGAAUUAAAGUGCAAAGUUGUAUUCAAAAUCAAAAUUAACAAUCUUCCCCAACAAACACCGCAAUCAAAGUAG